GGGAAAUUGAAAGAAUUUUAGUUGAAUAUAAAUAAUUUAAUAAAUGAGACUAAAAAUUGUUAAAGGAUCGGGUCUGAGACUGUUUUCAACUCAGUCUCAUCCCGGUGUACCGGUGAGUGAGGGAUUAUACAGUAGAACAGCCAGGCCUUUGGAGAAUUUAUCACUGGACGGUUCAGUGAGUUCAUACUCCGAAGGUUUAAAAUCCUGCCGAAUCUUCGAUAACCCAAACAUCAUCCGAGUCAUCAAACGAGAUAAAGAAACUCUUCUCGAUAAAUUAUACAGGUACAUGGACAUCGGCGGUUUUUUUACGAUGUUGAAUAGUAGGAAGGUGCAUUUACUGCGUACUCCUGCUGAGGGCAGGCCUAGUCUCAUGUGUUUCACAGAGUUUGAGCGGAAGCAAUCACUGAUUAUGAAGGCCGUGCUGUCACUCCUGCUUUACUACGUCUACUACUGCUAUGUCAGGCAUAAGUUACACAUUUACGACCGUCACCCAAGUCCCGAAUUACCAACGUUCGAGUUCACUAAUAACAGGACUAAGGACUUCACGUGGCAUGGGAGCUUACCCUUCCAGUACCCCAAGGGACGCUGUAAGGAGUGCCGCUGGCUCGAACUCGAGUGCAAGAAACGCUGCUACGAUGAUUUGCUACAGCAGGGACACCAGUUCAUACUACAAAAUCCCAUGCAAAUUCCCAGAAGACAACUUCUCCCCUCACCUUACCCUCCCGCAUAAUAUUUACUAAUUAAUUUUUUCAUUUUAUA